CCACCAAAAGAAACAAUUCAAUAUAGGCACAAGUAAAAACGGAGGCAUAACAUUUCUUUUUACCUACAACCUAUAAUUUUCGAAAAUGCUACUAUUUAAAAAUUUAUCGCUGAAGCGCAUCGAUCGAUGAAUGAUUAUAGUGCACCUCAGACGUGGUUUAUUUACAGUAUUUCGAAAUUAUAGCACCUGCCAAUCAUUCUACUGGUCUGAGGGACUGCGUUUCUUUCUUGAGGGAAACAUUUCAAAAAAAAUAUAGAAAAUAUGAAAACAAGAGAGGGAAUUUGAUCGAGUGUAGAGACAUUGUGACCAGUCAUGUUUCAGUCACCCUACGGUAUGGAUCGUGCGGUAUUACAGUACUAUGGUUUCCCCAUAACGUUUCUGUCAUGCAUUGGACUCUGGCCUUACCAAAGCACAAAAGUGCAGCGGUUCCUGAAUCCUGUACUCAGCCUUCUCUUAACAAUUUUUCUAAUAGCUCAGUUGACACCUUUUGCCACAAAAAAGUUCGAAAUGAUAAUGCUUUUAAAGAACAUGUGGUUUAUAGUAGUAACACUGGGCUCUCUCGGCAAAUAUAUUGCUUUUUGGCAACAAGGUAAAUUGUUAAAAGCAUUUAUGGAUAAUGUAAUCCACGAUUGGAAUUCAAUGGACGAAGAGGAGCUGAAAAUUCUUAAGAAACACGCCAAUAUUGGAAGACGUUAUUCAACGGUUUUCGCAUGUGAGGAAUAAUCGUGAAUCAAAAUUGCAGUGUCCUUGUGUUUGCGUUUCUGCAGCAACCUACCUAUUACAGUAUUUAUUUACCCGGCGAUAUUCCUUAUCGCGGCAUCUCACUUCACGUCGGAACUUCUGGACAUUGUAGCGCCAUUGAACGAAACGCGACUUCAUAUGUUUCCAAUAUUAACGGAGUACUUCAUAGACCAACAAAAGUACUGCU